AUUCAACACCUUCCGCCCGGACCAAGUCUUCAAGGGAUCGGUCGUCAAGGCACCCUACUGGAUCUACGACGUCGAAAUAAAGGGCUUCGACGCGGUGGGCGAAGACUUGGUCUCCUUCCACCACAUCACGCCCGACGAGAUGCGGCUGUUCGAGAUGCUGCUCUACCGCGCCAUGUUUGAGCCUGCGCACAAACGCGCAAGACGGGAUCCCAAUGUGGAUCCAAUGAACCCGCAGCCCUCGGCCGUCAUCCAUAUCAGAAAUCUAAACUUCAAGGCGACAGAAGCCGACCUGCUCGAGGCUCUGCAAGGAUUUGGGCGCAUCGCCUACGCGACGGUGAUGCCCAACAAGCGGAUGGCCCUUGUCGAAUUUGAGACCCUCGAAGCCGCCACGAAAUGUGUCUACUUUGCUGCCGAGAAGAUGAUCAACAUUGCUGGGUACCCGGCACUCUUCAAUUUCUCGACUUCUCCAACCAUCCAACGGCUCGGGCUCGAGUGCGAAGUUCCCAACCAUGUGAUCGUGAUCUCCAUCUCAAAUGUGCAGUAUCCGAUCACCGUCAACGUCAUCCGGGACAUCUGUGCGCCGCACGGUGAUGUCUUGAAAAUUGCCAUCAUUAGAAAGGCUUGCUUACAGGUGCUCGUCCAAUUUGACACCAUCGAGAGCGCGCGGAAGGCAAAGUACGCAUUGAACGGGGCCGACAUCUAUUCGGGAUGUUGCACGCUGAAGGUCGAAUUCGGAAGGCCAGAAACGGUGAAGGUGACAAGGAACGACGAGACUCAAUUCGACUACACUCGUCCUGAUUUGGAUUCGAAUCCGAACACCGUGCAUUUUCAACCCACACGAGCUCCCCUCAUCGGCGGGCCAAUGUCGAGUCAGAUGCAGCCGCACCCCGGCGCAAGCGUGCAUUAUGACAAUCAGCUACCACCAUUCGGCUACUCGGAUCAGCAAUACACAACCCCGGCACCGCGGAACCCGGGCUUCGCCGACAACUACGGCCGUGACCAUCUUGAAAUGCCAGAGAAUACAGCGAUCUACCACGACUACAACAAACCGCCGAUGAUGGGACGAAGCCUGGACCCGCGAGCCCAGAACUACUAUUCGGAGGGCGACAACAAUCGGCAGCGAACAAAUGAUGCUUUUGGUGGAACGGCGGUGCUUAUGAUCUACGGCAUCAAUCACGACUCGUUCAACUGUGACAAGCUGUUCAACAUACUGUGCCAGUACGGCAACGUUGAUCGCAUCAAAUUCAUGCACAGCAAGGAGGACACGGUCAUGGUACAGAUGGGGCACACCUUUCAAGUGAUUUCGGCAUUGCAAUUUCUGCAAGGAGCCGAGCUGUUCGGCUGCAAGCUGACGCUGCGCCCAUCGAAACAGUGGGAGGUGGUGUUGACGGGUCGCGGCUUCGAUCUGCCCGAUCAGACGCCCUCCUUCCGCGACUUUUCCACCUCAAAGCAUCAGCGCUAUACAACUCAAGCCCUCGCCGCCAGGAAUCGCGCUUGCUCCCCGACGAAAAUAAUACACUGGUUCAAUGCCCCCGUCUGCCUUGACGAGCAAGGCAUUAUUGAUCUCUUCCAAAAUGCGGGUGGACCGGUCCCGCUGAGUGUUCGGGUGAAUCAGGCGCGCAGCGAGAAAAGCCAUUCUGGAACGGCAGAGUUUGCAACCGUUGUAGAAGCCACUGAGGCCCUUGCCAUCGCCAACCACACGCCGAUCCAAGCCCCCAACUUCCGCCUGCCCUUCAUCGUCAAAAUGGCCUUUUACGCGCCGGCGAUUCCCUCGAAUACCGCCCGCGACGAUCACUUCACCCAACAA